GCGUGCACCUAUUUCCUAAAAUCAUUUCAUCCGACACAGAACACAGAAAAUCAUCAUAUCAUGAAGAUAUAUUUCAUUUCGGCAUGAGACGUAGGCCUAGAAAAUUAAGCAAAUUACUAAUAAUAUGUGUUACAGGAGCUCUUGUUUUAUUUUUUGGACCUUUUUGCUUCCAAGUCCCGAGUCCACAAACCCAGGGCAUAGAUCGCCGAGUACUGCACGAGCGAUAUCAGAAAAACAAAUUCAUUGGUCCAUGUGACGAGGAAGUUAAGCUGUGUGGCAAAGACAGUAUAAAAGAGGGUGCCGAAGAAAGAGGUGAGGGUGGUGAUGAAGGGGGAAGCAUCGACUCAAGACCACUGGCUGUGUUCAAAGAUGGCGUAAUCGGCAACUACGAAACAUUUGACCCCGCCAACCGUACUGGUCCAGGCGAAUACGGGGAGCCAGUCAUCACCAAAGAUGAAGAGAAGAUAGAGGCUGAGAUGUCGGCAAGAGAGUUUGGGUUUAACCUGGUCAAUAGUGAUAAGAUAGCCUUGGACAGAGCACUACCAGACAUCCGCCUGAAAGAAUGCAGAUACUGGCACUACCCUGAGAACCUCCCCACCGCCAGCGUCAUCAUCGUCUUUCACAACGAGGGCUGGUCAACCCUGCUUCGGACAGUCCACAGCGUCAUCAACACCUCACCCACCCGGCUUCUGAAGGAAGUGAUACUCGUCGACGACGACAGUGACAAAGAGCACCUGAAGCAGCAGCUGGACCUGUACGUCAAGCGGUUUGAGGGCCUGGUGAAGCUGUACAGGAACGACGAGAGGGAAGGCCUCAUCAGGAGCAGGACCAAGGGGGCGCUGCUAGCUACUGGUGACGUCAUACUCUUCCUCGACGCUCACUGCGAGUGCAACAAGAACUGGCUACCUCCUUUACUAUCAAGGAUAGCCCAUGACCGAACUAUUAUGGCUGUUCCUAUAAUCGAUGGCAUCGACUGGACUAAGUACACGUACAGAUCUAAUUACUACGGCGUUCACUACCGAGGGAUAUUCGAGUGGUCAUUGUUCUACAAGGAAAGCCUUUUACCUGGCCAGGAAGAGGGACGAAGAAACUACAAGAGCGAACCUUACAGAUCUCCUACACAUGCUGGAGGCCUGUUUGCCAUGGACCGGAAGUUCUUCUUUGAAUUAGGUGCCUACGAUCCUGGUCUUGAAAUCUGGGGCGGGGAGAACUUUGAACUCUCCUUCAAGAUCUGGCAGUGUGGAGGCAGUAUCGAGUGGGUGCCAUGUUCCAGGAUAGGACACAUCUAUAAGCAAUACACAAUAGACAGAAAGAUUUCAUUGUCGUACAGGAUCCCCGUUACCAAGAUGAACUAUAUGCGUGUGGUGGAAGUUUGGUUUGACGAGGAACACAAGGAACACUUCUAUAACCUGGAACCAUGGUUACGAGGGACGCCACUGAAGAAUCUACAGCCGCAGCUGGAGUUCCGGCGCAAACACAACUGCAAAAGUUUCAAGUGGUUCAUGGACAACGUGGCAUUUGAACUUCUUGAACAGUUUCCGCCUCCUCCCAAAAAUGUGGAAUGGGGCCAGAUUCGAACCAUGGUACUCUGACCAGUGUUGGACACAAGUCAGAGAAGGGAAGUUAAUGCUGAUUCCUUGUGCCUCUCGACCAUAUAAGGAAGCACAGUUUUACCGACUAGAUGUGCACGGUAGACUGACCCAGGGGGAGAGAUGCCUGUUGCGUACAAAGGACAAUACAUACCCCCAGAUAUCCCGAUGUCCCGAAAACCCCAAAGGAUCCUGGCAAUAUAUUAAGGAUACACAACAAAUCAGACACAACGCGAUACAUAUGUGCGUCCAGUUCGACGAAAGGACAAAUUUUCUGUUCUUCGGGAAAUGUGAUAUCAAUUCUAACGACCAGAAAUGGAUAUUCAAGCAGAUAUACAUGUGGAUGUGAUGAUACCCCAGCUUAGAGCUGAUGAAAAAGACAAUAGUUUAAACUGAUCAAAAUUCCACAUGCAAAAGGUACAAAAAUGCCUCCUGUUUCUAUGGGAAUGCAUAAAAUCCGCCUUUUAUCACCCAUCAUCAAAUUACAGAGUCUAUUUCAUCUGAAAAUACAGUCAUCUGAAGAGAUCCAUCUCAACUCAUCUUAAAGAUUUCGCUGCGCGGGUUCAACCAGGAAUAACUGAGGUGUUGUUGCAGGAUCUGGCACAGUGUGCAUGUAUGACGUGAAUAAGAACAGGGCUCUACCGUAAUUUCUGUUAUUCCAGAAUGUGUGCAUGAAGUUCAACCCUUGUCAAUAAAAAUCAGUGUUUCGAUGGCAUCCUAUCAUAUUGAAUCAUAAUUUAUUAUUACUGUUCCAUUGCAGAAAGAAUACAUAAUAAAUACAUUUAUUAUAAUAAAUACACGCACCGUAUUUCCUCUAAUAAGCGCCGGGGUUAAGCAGCGUUAUAAGAAAUAAGCGCCAGGCCUCUAAUAAGUGCCGGGUACGUUUUUUAAUAAAUGUAUUCUUCCUUGAUCCAAAAAUAUAUAUAUUAAGGAAUUGUCCCUAACUUUGACGUAACGCUCACUAACAAUUAAUUACGGUACACACAGUAAGCGCAGUAAGCGUCGGGCCUUUGAUAAACGCCGGGUCUGGAAGUCCGUUGAAAGAAAUAGCGCCAGAACGCUAAUUAGAAGAAAUACGGUAUUUAUUAGAUAUACCUUGUGUGUCUACGGACACUGCGUAUAUUUUGUCACGAUUAUCCGAAAGUUUUGAUGCAACUAAGUUUUCUUAUGUCAUGUCAUGUCAUGUUGAGAAUGAGUGAAAUCAUUUGUUAGUUCAAUUAAAUGUGUGGUUUGUAUCAAA